AUGCAUUUACCCAAACUUCUCGCCUUCCGUCUCUUCGUUCUUGCCAUCUUCGCCAUGUCUGCCAUGGCCAUGGAAUGGGGAGCCAGCUCGGAAAAAGGCACAGCGCACUUGGAUUGGCAGAAAGACCGGCCAGCCGUGCAAGAAAUUGAAGAGUGUCAAAAGCAUGAACAAGCGGUCGCUGCAUUCUUGCACAAAUACAACAUCGAAGAGUUGUGCAAAGGACCUGAAAUCGAGAACGAGCACUUACCUUGGUCGCAAGAAGUCUGGAACUUACAUGAGGACUGGUCGAAAAAGGUCCGUUCGCUCAAGACAGCCCAUGCAACAUUCGAGAAAGGACUCGAGGUUUUACAGAAAGUGGUGGCCGCAAGAAACCGUCUUUUGGCUUUUAUGAAAGGGAAGGAGACACAGGACCUGGGAGAAGGAGAAGACAGUGUGGUCGCCGAGCAUUUCGGUCACAGCAAGCAUGGUUACGAGGGCAAGGGAAAGGUUUCCGAACACGAUUUGACCGAGCAACUUCCGACUGAGUCGAAGAAAGGCAAAGGAAAAACAUCGGACAGCGACGGUACUCGACGCGAGGGAUUGUGGCCUAAGUGGAACCGUAAAAAAAAGGCAGACUGA